ACGCAGGAAUACAUAAAGAACAGUAGGCUACUCGAACACUACAGCCCCCGAACACGUCACCUCGUGUCUUGGGACAACAGGCUGGGCGACACGUGGAGGCUAAUAAUUUUGAUGUAGCAAUAGUAAAGAAAAUCGUGAAGACUAUUCUUGGGCUCCGCUAAGAAAGGAAGCUUUUAACUAACCAUCAGUCUGAAACCCAGGAUUUACCGAACUCUUGUGAAUAUGGAGUGUUUUUUACGGAGCUGUCAGUUUGUACUGAAGGGCGCUCCAAAAAGUAGUCCUGGACUUCAUGUUGUCCUGGGGAAUGAGGCCUGUGACCUGGAUUCCAUGGUGUCUUCCCUUACUUUUGCAUACUUCCUCUCAAAGGUGUCCGGUUCUGAAAAGACCCCAAUCCCAGUUCUGAACAUCCCACGGGCUGAAUUUCCCCUGCGCACAGACAGUGGCUUCCUGUUGCGAGAGUGCGGCCUUACCCAGGAUGCCCUGGUGUUCCGAGAUGAAGUUGACCUGCAUCAUCUUCACCGUGCUGGAAAGCUGGCUCUCACUCUGGUGGACCAUAAUGCGCUUCCCAGUACUGACUGUGACCUGGAGGGUGCUGUUGUGGAGGUGAUCGACCAUCACCAGCUGGAAAGAAUGCCUUCCCCCUCCUGUCUCGUUACCGUGGAGACUGUGGGCUCCUGUGCCACCUUAGUGACUGAGCGAAUAAUGCAGAAGGCCCCUGAAGUCCUAGACCAACAGGUGGCUCAGCUCUUAUACGGCACCAUAAUCACGGACUGUGUGAACAUGGCGCCAGAGGCAGGGAAGGUCACACCCAAGGACAGCAAGUAUGCCGUCCUUCUGGAAUCGCGCUUCCCAGACCUGCCACCAAGGGGCGCCCUCUUCCAGUCCCUGCAGAAUGCCAAGUUUGAUAUUUCAGGCCUUUCUACAGAACAGAUGCUGAUGAAGGAUUUGAAAGUGGCAUCGGGGGAAGGUUUAAAACUGGCCGUUUGUAUUAUAUACAUGACACUUGAGGCUUUUCUCCAAAGAAGAGCCUUACAGCGGGAGCUUUGUGAGUUCUGUGACAGACACGGCUACAGCUUGGUCAUCACCAUGAUGGUCUCUAUCAAUGAGAAAAAAGAACUGUUCCGCCAGCUGGCUGUCUACAGCUCCAGCACCAUCUACAGGGAGGAGAUGAGCCGAGCUUUGGAGAAGGCCCACAGCCCCUGCUUGAACCUGUCUCCAAUGUGCAGCCCUUGUGCCGAAGUCAAGGCCUAUCUCCAGGGUAACGCACUGGCUUCCCGUAAAGAAAUGAUGCCUGUCAUCAGGGACUGUUUGAAGGACUGGGGGAGGAGAUCGGUGCAUUGCAGUAACCCAGAGGACCUGGGGGAGUUGGAGGAGCAGUUCGGUUCCUCCUGCGGUCCUGUCACAGAUGAUGAGUCUCGGGCCCGGCCCGGCACAGCCUCCCGGCGUUACCGGCUUUUUGCAGAGGAGUCUGGGAUGGAGGAAGACUCCCUCGUGCCUCCUACCCCCAUGAACAGCCUGGUGGAGGGCUGCCCCCUGGACAGGGGCCUCCCCAGGGUGAGUGCUGAGGCCGUCCUGGAGAGGUUCAGGGAAGUGACCGAUGAGGCACGCACAGAGGACAGGCCACCACGCGGGCAGUGAUUGGGUGAGAGCUAGCCACACCCACUGCUGCCUCAUAGCUUUUCCUCCUGAAACAUCCUGCUCUAAACAACUUUUAUUACCUAAGAGCAUUCAGACUGGAAUCUUGCCUCCAGUAGUUUCCAAAGCGAGGAUGUUCCAAAGCAUGUUAUUGUAGCGUAAGAAAAAUAGGACAUUUUACAUACCCUGUAAAUCAGAGGUGUACGAAUUGAACUGCCAGAAGGAAAAACUAUCCCACAAAAAAUGCAAUGCUCUCAUAGUGAAAAGUUAAGUGUACCACAAGGACAGUAUUUCGGCCACAUAGAUAUUUGUCAGGUGGGUCUCCAUGAAGGGGUGGAUUUUGUCCUGAUGGGCAUUAGCCCCAUGGUAAGCCAAGGAGCUGUAUAUCUGCUCUCCAGGAGUGCUGUUCAGACAGAUGGAUUUAGCAGCUCGAGUCUGUGCUACACUUUGAAGCACUGAACAGUUACUGAAGCAGGAUGUCAGCAGUGGCCCUUCUCUGCGUGUGGUGAUGAAUGUUUAACUGGUUCUCACUUCCUUGCUGCCUCAUCGUGCAUGAUCUGAGCACUGGCUGAAUUGGGCCAGUUGACAGGGAUUGUGGGUUCCAGGGCUGCUGCUGGGGCAAAUUCCCAGUCCCGGGACAAAAUUUUAUUUUUAUAUUAUUAGCCUGGGUUAAUAAUAUUUAUCGCAAGUUCACAGGCCGUUGGGCCUGCCCUCCUCCAGUGCCUGGGACAGCGUACCUGGUUGUCCCCCCUUGACAGCGACCCUGGUGGGUUCCAAGAGGUUCUGAACUCAGAUUCAGCAAAAAAAUCUCUUUCCCUGAUUCCUUUCUCACUCUUCUCAGUAAAACAACCCUAUCUCUUUCACAUGAAUAGGAGUUCCCUUUGCUGAGCUGUUUGAUUGACAGAUACAGCUAUAAUGGGCCUGUUAUAGCAAGUGAGUUUGGCCUACUGUGAUUAGAAGCACUGCUUACACACUGUUCCAUACAUAAAUAAAUUAUUUGGACCCCUUGCAUGAAGAAUUCAUCAGUAUUUUAUACCUAAUAUUGAGCUUGUUUGAUGUGCAUAUUUCACUUGGAUAGGUUUUAUGUCGCUGAUGUGAUGAAUUGAGACUUCAUUUUUAAAAGUAUCAGUGAGUGAGUAUAAAUGCCACCCUGCUGGAGUUUGGAUCAGUAAGACACUGAUGCCACUUUCCUGUCCUACCAUCUAUGGUCUCAGUGUUUUAGUUGUGGUCCUCUCAAGAUUUAAGUUCUUGCUACAUAUUGUGUGCUUUAGUUAAUGUCAACUAACCAGUAUAUUGUUAGAGUAGACAUUUCUAUCAAUAUAAAGUGAAGUAUUUAGACUUUUGUUAAAGCUUGUGAUAUUUAGUUACAUAGAGUGCACUACAGAGUGAAAGCGUAGCAUGCUUAUGUGAUAUGCGAUAUGCAUAAUGUUUCUUAAACUUACAAGGGGUGCAGGUACAUAUCUUCAGUGGUCGUAGGGGUUAACUGAGGAGCCGUUGCAAUAAUUAAACAUUCUGUAGUGAAGCUGAAGGGUCAGGCUCCAUGCAGGUGAGUCUGACUUAAUGCCCUGGGCUGGAAGGAUAUACAAAUAUGUUAGACACUUAACCACACUGUGUUAUUGGUAUAUGAGAAUUUCUUUUUACCACCAUUGUUUACAGCCAUAUACCCAAGAAUAAUGUCUCAGGCAUCUGCUUACCAGGUUUGAUUUUGAUAUGUGAAGUAGCUCAAAUAGUGUAUAUAAUUAUUCUGAAACAACCUGAUAAAAUGUAAUUGUAAUAUUAUGAUGUUCUUUUUAAGUUUCGAUGCUUGAUUGUUUUAAUUACUGAAUAAAUAUAUAAUUUAUUACCAAUCCUUUAUAGUACAGUAUAUCAAAGCAUGAUUUAUCUUGAUUGAGCUGGAUUCUGAGUGAAGGUACUGAAAGAAUAUGUCCUCAGUAAAAUUGCAUUGAUGUACACUUCUUAUGUAAUUUUGUGUUAAAUUGGUUUUUUUUUUAUAUUUUUUAUAUUCAUUUAUACAUUUAUACAAUGAUAAUGAACACACUGAUUAACAUCCUGUCUUCUACGUUGUUUAAGUGGCUACAUGGACACAUGUUCUAUUAUCCAUUGUUUUUCUUCAAGAUAAACAACCCAUUGGUAAGGCUCCAUCCACACACAGUAGUUUUUUAAAGGGUCUUUGAUAUAUUUGCAGAAACUACAUUUUCAUUGUGGGACAUUUAUUUGCAUGAUGGACAUUAGUACACUAAGCCUCACUAAAGAACCUUGGUCCUGAAAGUAUGUGGUAGAUUUACGUAAACAUAUUUGAAAAAAAAUAUAUGCGUAUCAAUCCAGCAAUUUGCACACAGAUUCCUUGUUGUAAUCUGUUAUGACUUGAGGUAUGUAAAGGUGUGAUCUUUUAUCUUUUAUACAACAGUUGGAAGCAGGAAAUACAAAUUGAGUAUUUGGGCUGGUCUAGAAGGAAGGUAGGUUUUCAGAAGAAGGUGGUGCCUAAGGAGGAAGGAUUUAAUAAAUGGAAGGUAGCAAUCAAACAACAUUUCUUCUUCUUUUUUUUUUUUUGAAAAAUCUAAAUAUUUGUCACGUGCAUGGCUUCAAUACAUCCAUUGGGGGGCAGCCUAGUUAAACGUGAUUGAUUCAACAGAAAAUAUUCUGUUCAAAAGUGAGCGAUUAGUAUUCGGUCGAGUAAUUUAAAAAUUGCUUACUUUAGUAUUUUAUGAAGUUUUUCUUUUUCAUGGUGAUGAAAAUGAUUCUGUUAAGGUCACAUGUUCGCUCACUUGGAAAGACUCCAAGUGAGAGAAUGUCUGUAAAGGUGACGUUCUCUCUCACUUGGAAAGGCUUCAACUACUUUCUGUUAAAUUGGAAGAAAACCAGUUUGCUGUGACUUCAAAAAUCUACAAUCAAGACAUUGUAUUUCUUUCCUGAAAUUAAUUUUAAUUCACAUC